CAGACACACUAGUGUUGCUGCUGUCUGUCUACCACAGACCGCAGAGCGUCGCAUUAAACGGGCGUAGUAGUGUCCGCUAGCCAAGUGCUAAGUCAGCUAACUUUCAUAUAACCAACAUUAUAGCAUAGUUAUACGUAAUGUCGUUAUAAUGUUUUGUUUUCUAAGACAGCAUAGGGCGUAAGGUCUCGGCGUUUCGGACUGCCUUUAAUUGGCUAGCUUUUAGCUAAAGCGGAAGGCAUCUCCAGGGAGUCAUCAAUGUCCAACGUGUCGGCCAAGAUACUGAGCUAAUUUCUACAGGCAUUUCUUCCACUUUUAAGAAUGUCCAAACGAAUGAGAAACACGGAGUUGUGUGCAGACUGCUGUGUUCCAGAACCCCGCUGGGCCUCAGUGAACAGAGGAGUGUUAAUUUGUGAUGAGUGCUGCAGUGUUCAUCGAAGUCUGGGCAGGCACAGCUCCCAAGUCCGCCACCUGACACACACGCCAUGGCCUCCAACACAGCUACAAAUGGUUCAGAUGUUGUACAGCAACGGUGCAAAUUCAAUUUGGGAGCACUCACUUCUGGAUCCAGCAUCAGUGAUGAGUGGAAAACGUAAAGCCAGCCCCCAGGAUAAACUGCACCCCAACAAAUCUGAAUUUAUUAAAGCCAAAUACCAAAUGCUGGCAUUUGUCCACCGCAUGCCUUGUCGGGAGGAUGACAGCUCAACAGCCAAGGAUUUAAGUAAGCAACUUCACUCAAGUGUACGCACUGGGAAUCUUGAGACCUGUUUGAGGUUGCUAUCUCUGGGAGCUCAAGCAAACUUUUUUCACCCGGAAAAAGGAAACACUCCCUUGCAUGUGGCAGCAAAGGCGGGACAAGUCUCUCAGGCUGAGCUGUUAACAGUUUAUGGGGCCGAUCCCGGCGCUCCUGACAGCAACGGCAAAACUCCCAUUGAUUUUGCAAGGGAGGCGGGCCAUCACGACUUGGCAGAUAGACUGGUGGAGAUUCAGUAUGAACUGACGGAUCGGCUGGCAUUCUACUUGUGUGGGAGAAAACCAGAUCAUAAAAACGGGCAGCACUUCAUUGUUCCACAAAUGGCUGACAGCAGUUUAGAUUUAUCCGAGCUGGCCAAAGCAGCAAAGAAGAAGCUGCAGUCUCUGAGUAAUCAUUUAUUCGAGGAGCUGGCCAUGGACGUGUAUGAUGAGGUGGACAGGCGAGAGACAGAUGCAGUGUGGUUAGCCACACAGAAUCACAGCGCCCUUGUGACUGAGACAACAGUGGUGCCUUUCCUUCCCGUCAAUCCAGAAUAUUCCUCUACACGAAACCAGGGACGCCAGAAACUUGCCCGAUUCAAUGCACAUGAAUUUGCAACUCUUGUGAUUGACAUACUAAGCGAUGCAAAGCGUAGGCAACAGGGGAAUUCAGCGGCCAGCCCUAAAGACAAUGUGGACCUUAUACUGAAGAAUCUACCUGCCAGGCCAAGUAGUGAUAGCCAGGAUAAUGACCAGCCCGAUUAUGACAGUGUGGCGUCUGAUGAGGAUACAGACCAAGAGCUCCCUUCAAGUAAAGGUGAUAGGACUAAGAGCCUGGACUCAGACCUCUCUGAUGGACCGAUCACCAUGCAGGAGUACCUGGAGGUAAAGAACGCCCUCUCGGCCUCAGAGGCCAAGAUCCAGCAUCUCCUGAAAGCCAACAGCAACCUGAGUGAUGAGUUGCGGCUGAUGCAGAAAAAGCUGCAAUCUCUGCAAAGUGAGAACACCUCUCUUAGGCGGCAGGUCACAGCCAAUAUCUAUCAGACUCCCAGCACAUCAGACUUCCCUGACCCCUCCAGUCCCUCAGCCCUGAAACGCCGCCAGUCUGCUCGGGCCAGUCGGCCCAUGUCUAUGUACGAGACUGGCUCGGGUCUGAAGCCUUACCUCCCUAAAGGGGAAAGUCCUUACUCAGAAGAGGCUAUUCCCACCCUGCAACCCUUCUCGCCUCAUAAGGAAAGGGGCGCUUAUGUGACCACCUCUUCAUCCCUCCCCUCAUUUCCGUCCACCUUGUCCUGGUCCAAGGAUGAAAGUAAUCUAAAGGCCUCCAAGUUGGAGAAGCAAAGCAGCAUGCCAGAAAGUGACUACGACAAUACAUUCAAUGACUCUGAGCUGGACGAGACAGGUGCGUCCAGACGAGGGCGGCUGAGGAGCAGUGGCUGGCUGGGGGAGGGAGGCUCUAUUCCUGAGCUGGAUGACACCGAGGUGGAGUUGGACCCCACGCUUCCCAGCACCGAGGACGUCAUCCGCAAAACCGAACAGAUCACCAAGAACAUUCAGGAGCUUCUGCGAGCUGCUCAGGAGAACAAACAUGAAAGACCGUAUGAGCGUGAAGGUGUGCGCCGCCUCAGGCACAGUCUGGGAUGUUUCAGCACUCUGAUGCCCUGGGCUGAGAAGCCCUCCACCUCCCUUCAUCCACUCAGCCUCCACUCCCCUGACCCUCCCUCCUGCUUCAUACCCUGCUCAGAAAGAAUACAUGCGGCUGUAACAGAAAUGGCUGCCCUCUUUCCCAAGAAGCCACGGUCUGAGACAGUAAGAAGCUCUCUCCGCUUGUUGACGUCCAGUGCGUGCAGACUUCAGAGCGAGUGCAGGAAGGCGGUGCCUCCGGAAGGAUUCCCAGGACCGGACAUGCAGCUUGUCACCCAGCAGGUCAUCCAAUGUGCUUAUGACAUUGCCAAGGCAGCCAAGCAGCUUGUCACCAUCACCACUAAGGAGAACACCAACUGACGGUUCUAACUGGGCUACAAAACCACAUACAUCUCACUCCCUUGCGUCUAUAUUUUUUUUAAUUGUUUUUUUCAUAAUGGUGGUAUAUGCAUGCAUUCAUUUUUUUUAAUUAUAAUUAUGUUUGACAAUUAGGGACAGAUGGAAGGAAACUCUCCAGCUUUACCAUCUAAUAUUGUAUUUGUAACAGCACAAUUUCCCUCAAGGUAAAAUCAUUUCCACUAACAAAACACACUACAAGGAAAUCCAUUCAGUGCCACUUUACUUCAUGUGAUGUUGAAAGCCAUAAAAAGACCCAUGAAUAAUGCUAUUGCUAAUACGCUUGCAGCCAAAUAAGCUUCCCUUAAUAUCAUUUUGUGCAUUCAGAUUCUAAUUUACACACACCUUCAAAUGUUUGUGGAAUAUAAAAGUUCAUUUACAUGACUUGCCCUCUGUUGUACCCCAUCAGCAGUGCAUUUGUCGCAGCCCAUUUGUUUAGCCUGUCAAUGCAUGUGACGCUCAACAAGACAACGUUGUUGCAUUUAAGUGUCUACUCUGCUCUCUGUGAUGCAGUCUUGUGUGCCGCUACAGCAUUGGUAUUGUUAGCAAAUAGAGCAAAGAGCCAUGUGUAUGUCCACGUGUUUGGUGCUCUGGUCUGUUUUGUGUCAAUGUACAACAUUAUGGGAUAGUGCAGUGGAUGUCUGCUGUUUCCUGAUUUUGCAGCACAACUUAAUGACACAGGAUGGAGUGAAGGGGUGUACUGUACUGUAUAUGAUGCAGCUCGUGUAGUUGCCAUUUGAAAAAAAGUUAUUAUUUUCUAAAUAAACUUAAUUUAUAAGUAAGAA